AUGGCAGCUGGCAGUUCUGUCUUGAUUACUUCCAAUAAUCUCCUCAUCUGCAACGCAUGUGGUACACAGUUUCCGGUGGAGGAGAGACAGGCCAAGGAAGAAUGCAAGAUCUGCGAUCUCCAGGACCCUCGCCAAUUCGUACCUCCUGAAGGUCAAACUUUCACCACUCUUGCAACUCUACGACAAAACCACAAAAACAUCUGGUGGCAGGACAAGCGCCAUCCCCAUAUCUGGUCUGUCCGCACCGAGCCCAAAUUCGCAAUUAGCAAUCGGGCAGAACUCAUUCAAACACCUUAUGGCAACGUCCUAAUGGAUCUCAUUCCCUUUCUCGAUCAGGAAACCAUCGACAAAAUCCUGGAUCUCGGCGGUCUCGAGGCGAUCGUCAUUUCCCAUCCUCACUACUACUCAACCUGGGCAGACUGGUCUCGAACGUUCAAGUGCCCCAUCUACGUUGGAGCACCCGACAAGGAAUGGUUAGAACGCCUCGACACGCCAGAUGCAGAGAUCAGAUUCCUCACUGAGCUCAGCACUCCCAUCCUACCGCGCGGCAAAGACAUUGGCAUGAACGCGAUCGUGACAGGAGGUCAUUUCCCUGGUUCCCUGCUACUGCACUACGAAGACGUUCUCUUUAUAGCUGAUACCAUCUUCGCUGUGCCGUCGGCGACUGACCCUGUUCCAGGCCGACCGGGCAAAAUCAGUUUCAGCUUUUGGUACUCCGUGCCAAACCGCAUUCCACUAGAUCCCGACGAGAUGCUGCGUAUCUGGCGGAUUGUGAAGAACUUAGACUUCCAGACAGCUAUAGGUGCAUUCGAAGGAAUGGACAUCUACACUAUGGACAAUGAGAAAGGAAGAACGGGUGGCGUCAAGGGACGGAUCUUGGAGAGUUGCAGGAUUACGACGAAGGCUAUGGGUUGGAAGGAGCAUGCGAUCUUUAGUGAGAGCUCAUAG